CGCUGUGUGUACUUUCCAGAUGCACUGUAUAUAGGCUGUAGGUAUAAAUAGGCCGACUAAGAAAUAAUGGAAACGUUCUCAACAGCAGAGAACUCUACUAGGAUAACUAGUCAUUUCAAAGUUUUGGUUGUCUUUAUCCAUGUCAGAGACGAUGACAUCUUUGAUUAAUUUGCACAAAAUUGGAAGAAAAAUCAGUUUGUUUAUUAUCAGAGGCUAGUAACAUGCUGAUUAAUGAAGCUAAAUUGAGACGGGGAAAAACGUUAUUGUCUAAAGGCGCCACGUUAACUUGUCCUGACACAGACCUGCCUUAGCUGAACCAUAGGAGUAUUAUAUCAGACUGAUGAAGAUAGUUUCACUUUGCUUCAUUCUUGUUUUCUGCAACGUGUUUAGGCGAAAGAUGUUAGUAUCCAUCUAUAUUGCUGCUCACCGUGUCUACGCUACUGUUGUUAAAAUAACCGCGCCUGCAACUCUACAUAUCAGGAGGUACCUUAUGUCUAUGGCAGGAAGAGAGAGGCAACGCGCGCGGAGCGGGAUGCGGGAAUGAAGCGCGUUCGGCGGUAGAGAAAAAUAUUAAUUCUCCGUAGUUUUGACACGUUGCUCACUUAAACUGUAAACCGUUGUCAUGAUGCUUCGUGGUCUGAGUGAAACCAAGCCGGGGUCCAGUCCCGAACCGUGGUCCGCUAGGCUAAUUGGUGACCGCUGUUCUAUUGCAUGGAAACAUUUACAAACAAGAAAAUUUCUCCUUUUGUAUUCCAUGAUAUAAAGGAAGUCAUACAGGUUUGGAACGACAUGGAAUACUUUUACAUACUUUUAAAUAAAUGAAAGUUGAAAUUACUGUAUGAUUUGAGAAGAAAGAGACUACAGGCAGGGGGAUAUAUGAGACAUGAAAGCUUUGAAUGAAACAACUAGAUUAUACAGUUUUGCGGUCCUCAUGUAACGAGGAAUUGUAUUGUACCCCAAUGUGUUUCAGAACGCAGAGACGCUCAUAGUCUUAUCGAAUCAAACUAAAUCGGUCUCAGACGAGUGGGUCCACGUUUGCUUUUUCAUGUUCCCGCCUCCUUAGGGCUCCCGUGGUCCUUAGGCGGGGCAGAUGCUGAGUAGAAUGAGAGACGUCAUUACGCCACUCGUGUCACUGCUGAAGGGGUGCUUCAACGCACCCGGUUAAAUCUUUAACCUAAACCCACGCGGCAGUCAAGCCAUAUGUAUUAAAGAGAAUUCUGUGGAAUUCAUCUCUUUGUUUUUCAGAGCACUGCAUGGUUGGAGACAGCAGAUCGGUCUCAUCGGACGGAUACCUGAUCCGGUUAAAAACGUCAGUAUUGGAGCUGAUACCAAUACAGCAGCCUGUCCUCUCGAGCUGAAUCAAUGUUUCUUAAGAGGCAAAGCUCAAGUACAGACAGAGCAGUUUCACAGCAACCAUGAGCACAGCAAAGGCCAGCGGACUGAAAGCGCCCAGCAAGAUUGGCAGACCAGCUGGUGCUGGGGCCACAAAGACUCCUCCUACUACAGCUACUCCUAAACCAACUCAAAAUGACAAGUCCUCCGCUGAAGCCCUAGAAUCAGGAGAGCAAUUCAGCAUUGGAGAUCGAGUCUGGGUGAAUGGAAAUAAGCCAGGUGUCAUUCAGUUUCUAGGAGAGACCCAGUUUGCUCCGGGUCAGUGGGCAGGCAUUGUGCUGAAUGAGCCAAUCGGAAAAAACGAUGGCUCUGUGUCUGGAGUGCGCUACUUUCAGUGUGACACAUUGAAGGGAAUAUUCACACGCCCCUCCAAACUUUCAUGUACAGAAGGUGAGGCGAAUGGGACGACAACAGCCCCCCCGUCCCGUGCUGCCUCACCAACCCCGUCCACUGCAUCAGUAUCUGUUUCCACCAAGAAACCAGCCUCACCCACUAAAACAGCUGCACCGGCCUCAGAAUUAGUGCGGUCGAAGAGUGAAUCUGUGUCCAAUCUAUCAGAAACGGGUUCAGUGAAGAAAGGUGAACGGGAGCUGAAGAUUAAUGAUCGAGUGCUGGUCGCUGGCACAAAAGCUGGUGUAGUGCGUUUCUUGGGUGAAACAGAUUUUGCCAAGGGUGAGUGGUGUGGUGUAGAGUUGGAUGAGCCCUUGGGAAAGAAUGAUGGUGCUGUGGCUGGAACCAGGUAUUUCCAGUGUCAGCCCAAGUAUGGUCUUUUUGCACCUGUGCACAAGGUGACUCGUAUAGGUUUUCCCUCCACUACUCCAGCCAAGGCAAAGACCACUGUGCGAAAGACUGUAACCACACCAGCAGGAUUGAAACGCAGCCCUAGUGCCUCCUCCAUCAGCUCCAUGAGCUCUGUGGCCUCGUCUGCCAGCUGCAAGCCAAGGCGCACGGGACUGCUGACAGAGACCUCGUCGAGGUACACACGCAAGAUCUCUGGCACUACCGCACUUCAGGAGGCUCUGAAGGAGAAGCAGCAACACAUAGAACAGCUCCUCGCUGAGCGUGACCUGGAGCGAGCUGAGGUUGCUAAGGCAACAAGUCAUGUGGGCGAAGUGGAGCAGGAGCUUACAUUGCUAAGGGAAGGCCAGGAGCAGUAUGUAGUGGAGAUGGAGGCCAAAAUGGACCAGUUGCGAGCGCUGGUGGAGGCCGCAGACAGAGACAAGGUGGAGCUGCUGAAUCAGCUGGAAGAGGAGAAGAGGAAGGUGGAGGACCUGCAGUUUCGGGUGGAGGAAGCUUGCAUUACCAAAGGAGAUUUGGAGACACAGACACGACUGGAGCAAGCCCUCCUUAAGGAGCUCGAACGGAGUCUGCUCUUUGAAAAGACCAAAGCUGACAAACUUCAGAGGGAGUUAGAAGACUCUAGGGUGGCUACGGUCUCUGAGAAGACCCGUAUCUUGGAGUUGGAGAGAGAUCUCGCCUUGAGGGACAAGGAUGUAGCUGCCCUCCGCAAGCCACUGGAAGCUGUACCUUGGCAGGAUAGGGCAACUGAUGAACCCACCAUGGCAGCACUCCAGGACGAACUCUGCUCCCUCCGCACACAGCUGGCUGCUCAAGGUGCCAGUCACCAAGCAGAGCUGUCUGUCUUGCGUGAGACGCUUGAGUCUCGAGAAAAAGCACACGGUGACACCCUGGCGCAGCUCCAGGCAUCUUCAGGACGUUUGUCGAAGGAUAACGAACAGCUUUGUCUCAGUCUGGCGAAGGCAGAGGAGGAGAACUUCAAUGUUGUCGAGCAGUGGUGCGCAAAACUAGCUUUAGUCGAGGCCUCGUACCAGCUAGUUAUGGAGGAACUCAAAGCUGCUUCUGGGGCUGAUCAAACUGAAUUGGUGGAACUGCAUAUGGCUUUGGAACAGUUGAAGGCAUCACACAAAUUGGAACUAGAGGAGAUCGGCAACAAUCAUGCUGCUGAAGUCACUGGGUGGACGUAUAAAACCAAAGAGCUACAGGCGCAGCUCCUGGGAGUCACUGAAGAGAAGGAGCAGCUAGUGGAGUCAUUACGCACCAACCUGGAAAAGGUAGAGGAGCAGCACCUGGUGGAGAUGGAGGAGGCCUUAGGCAAACUCCACACUUUUGAGCUCAGGGUAAAAGAGCUAGAGGAAGAGGGGGUUAAGUUGGGGAAUCAGUUGCAGGAAAAGUCUUUGAAAGCUCAAGAGCAAUAUGCAACCCUGGAAACACUACAGUCGCAGCACAAUCAAGGUAACCAGGAGAUGCAAAGGCUAUUAGCCCAACUGGAGUUGGCAAAGGGCAAAGCCAGAUCUCAGGAAGAGAAGGUAGCUGGGUUGAACUCAGUACUAGAGGUCAAACAGCAAGAGUUAAAUGGACUAUUGCAGGACAAGAGCUCUUUGGAGCAACAAGUUACUGUACUGAAACAAAAUCUUGAAACGACAUCUAAUGAUCAAGCCAAAUCUACUCAGACAAAUCAAGAGUUACUUGAGGAGCUCAGGAAGAAAGAGGAACAUUGUACGUCACUUUCUUCUGAAUUGCAAGAUAUCACGAGCCAACUAGCAGGAUUGCAGAGAAAUUUGAAAGCAUGUGAAGAAAAGCGUGACCUGCUGACCAAAGACAAGGUUAAACUUGAGAAUGACAUCAUGGACAUGAUGAAGUCAUCGGGAGACAGUUCUGCUCAACUUACAAUGAUGAAGGAAGAAGUCAACCAGAAAGACAGGAGACUAGAGGAGAUUCAGAACCAGCUUGCCGAGCAGAGUGUGAGGACAGCUCAAGCAGAGGAGAGACACACUCAAGAACAAGUCCAGGCUGAAAAGAGAGCCAAAGACAUUGCUGAGAGACACCAGGCAGAUCUUACCAACCUACAGGAGAAGAUCAAACUCCUGGAGAAGAGCAAUGAAGGGAAUGAAGCUAAAGCCAAAGACAUACAUGCUCUGGGAGAGAAAUCUGUUGCAGAUGCUGUGGAACACCAUUCAAAAGGACUGCAGGGGUUGCAUGCCCAGUUUGAAAAAGCACAACAAGAGUUGCGUGUGUCUCAGGAAGAAUGUCUGGAGCUGAAGAAACGGAUGGAGGAGUUGAUACCCUUCAAAGAAAAGGCUAAGGCCUCAGAGAGUGAAUUACAGACUACACAGGCCUCACUGGAGAGGUUGAGCCAGGACAACAGUCAACUACAGAAAGACAAAUCUGAGGCUCUGGCUCUGGUGAUGCAGCUCAAGAACACGAUGCAAGAAGUGCAGGGCAAGCUGGAUGCUGUAACGCAGCAGAACUCACAGUAUGAAGAGAAUAUGAGUUCUGAGAUUCAGAAGAUCAGCAGUCUCUCUAAAGAGAUUGAGGAGUUUAAACAAGCAGUCACUGAUAAAACUCAGGCAAUGGACUCACUGAAACAACGGAAUGAAAAGCUAACCGCAGAACUCGCCAGCAGCCACAAAGACAGUGACAUUCUGCUAAAUCUCAAAAAGGAGUGUGACAACCUCCAUGAUCAAUUGAAGGAGAUGAAAAAGAGAGAGAGCACUUUAACGAGUAAAUCAGAGAAGGAGAAAGCAGCACUUCAGCAGUCUCUCCAAACACAGAGUGCCUUGAUCUCAGAAAAGGACAAAGAAUUAGACUCUCUGAGAAAUGAGCUCAAAAAGGAAUGUGAUAAAUUCAACGAUCAAUUGAAUGAGAUUAAAACGAGGGAGAGCACUUUAACAAGUGAAUCAGAAAAGGAGAAAGCAGCACUUCAGCAGGCUCUCCAAACACAGAGUGCCUUGAUCUCACAAAAGGACAAAGAAUUAGACUCUCUGAGAAAUGAGCUGGAUGCAGUAAUGCGGCAGAACUCGCAGUAUCAACAGGAUCUGAGUUGUGACGGUCAGAAGAUCAGCAGUCUUUCUAAAAAGAUUGAGGAGUUGAAACAAGUAGUCGCUGAUAAAACUCAGGCAGUGGACUCCCUGAAACAACAGAAUGAAAAGCUAACCACAGAACUCGCCAGCAGCCACAAAGACAGUGACAUCAUACUCAGUCUUAAAAAGGAGUGUGAGAAGCUCAAUGAUCAGUUGAAGGAGAUUAAAAUGAGAGAGGGCACUCUAUCAAGUGAAUCAGAAAAGGAGAAAGCAGCACUUCAGCAGUCUCUCCAAACACAGAGUGCCUUGACCUCCAAAAAGGACAAAGAAUUAGACUCUCUGAGAAAUGAGCUCAAAAAGGAGUGUGACAAACUCAGUCAUUUGAAGGAGAUGAAAAUGAGAGAGAGCACUUUAACAAGUGAAACAGAAAAGGAGAAAGAAGCACUUCAGCAAUCUCUCCAAACACAGAGUGCCUUGAUGUCACAAAAGGACAAAGAAUUAGACUCUCUGAGAAAUGAGAUGGCACAGAUUCUGCAGUCCUCUGUGAAGUCUCAUGAGAGUGAGAAAGCUCAGCUGCUGGAGCGAGUGAAGCAUCUAGAGAAGAGUCUGGCAGAUGCUCAAAUCAGCAGCCAGGGAGACACUUCCUCAGAUGAUUCUGCUCUGAAUCAGUGGAGGGAAGCAAAGGAGAAUGCUGAGCGUCAGGUUGAAUUUCUGAAUUCGGUUAUUGUGGAUCUGCAGCGGAAGAAUGACGAAUUGAAGUCUAAACUAGAGAAGAUGGCAGAGGCAGCACUCAAUGCAAAAACUUCUGGUGAAAUGGACAGCCAUAACAGUCACGUUGAGGCAACAAUUAAGAAGAAGCCCCCUCCCCGUCUCUUCUGUGACAUAUGCGACUGCUUUGACCUACACGACACUGAAGACUGUCCCACCCAAGACCAGAUGCUAGAUUCCCCCCCGCACACCACCUACCACGGCAGUCCCAAUGAUGAAAGACCUUACUGUGACAUCUGCGAGGUCUUUGGCCACUCGACUGAGUCCUGCAAUGACGAUCAAACUUUCUAGGGUCCUGCACUCACCCUUUCUCCUUUAGUUCCUUGCAAUACUGUACAUGCCUUGAAUCAAACAGUGCACAAGAGACUUUGUACAAGUGUGUGUGGUUUGUUUUCACUUGUGUGUUUACCAUCAUACCCCAUACAAACCUAAAUCUUCAGUCACUUUAAAGAAGCAUCUAAUGUUUAAACAGUAGCAUUUGUUGCACAGAUUGACUGUUAGGAGAAUUUUUUUUAAAGAUCACAGGGUUGCUUUGAAAGAACAUUGUAUUGAACGCUCAAAUAGAAGUGUAGAUGGUUAACCAUAAAAUGCGGCGAUGACCGAUAUGUAAAAGUCUUUGGACUUCAGUUCAAAGCUUGACUUCUCAAUGUCUCAUAUAUAUGAAAAAAGAAUGCUUUUCGCAUAUUAGUUUGGAUCCUGUAAAAUAAAUAUUAACAGAGUACAUUGUUCUAGAAUUGUGAAUAUAUAAUUUGUUCUGGGCAAAAAAAAAAAAUAAGUAAACCGGUAUGUUUCAAUCAUUGAAUGACUGUUAGAGCAAUUUUCAUGUUUUCUGAAAAUGUUGCACCAAAAAAAAAAAUAAAUAAAUAAAUGUAAUAUUAUUAUUAAUAUUGAUAAUAUUA